GGGAGCUCACACACAUACUCACUCACACUCACAUCCUCACCCUCCUCCAGCCCCACUACCCCAUGAUGGCUUUCUCCACCCUGUCUGCCUGUUCAAGUGACUUGAGCUACAGCAGCCGGGUCUGCCUGCCCGGGUCCUGUGACUCCUGCACUGGGUCCUCCUGGCAGGUGGAUGACUGUCCAGAGAGCUGCUGCGAGCCCCCCUGCUGUGCCCCCAGCUGCUAUGCUCCGGCCCCUCGCCUAACCCUCCUCUGUGCCCCAGUGAGCUGCGAGUCCAGCCUCUGCUGCCAGCCAGCCUGCAACAGCUCCUGCCCGGCUUCAUGCUGCCAGCAGUCUAGCUGCCAGCUCACCUGUUGCAUCUCCUCCCCCUGCCAGCAGGCCUGCUGUGUGCCCGUCUCCUGCAGGCCCGUCUGCUGCAGGCCUGUCUGCUGCACACCUGUCUGCUGCAGGCCCGUCUGCUGUGAGUCCUCCCCCUGCUCAGCCUCCUUGUGCUGCCAGCCCAACCCCUGCCCCUCGGUCAGUUGCAGACCCUCCUCCUCUGUGUCCCUCCUCUGCCGUCCUGUGUGCCGCCCCACAUGCUGCGUGCCCACCUCCUCCUGCCAGCCCAUCUGCUGCCGCCCAGCCUCCUGCGUGUCCCUGCUCUGCAGGCCUGCGUGCUCCCGCCCUGCUUGCUGCAUCCUAACCUCAGUCCCAGAGCCCUGUUGCUGAUCAGGCACAUUGCUAACUGCUUCCAGGGCCAAUGCUGACUUUCACCUGAAACUUCUGUAGCCUUGAGCCCAUUCUGGGGUCUCCUUCUGCCCCAGAAUUUCCUGUGAGCAGCCUGGGCUGGCUUCUGGUUUCCCUCCAGGCCCUGAGUGUCAGCCAGCAUCCUGCUCUCCAUCCUUGUUGGUCAUGGAUUUUGUCCUGACCUAGGUGAGGGGUCUGCCUGUUAACAAAUAAAGUCAUUGUCAUGCCCUC